GGGAAGGACCAGACCAAGUUCCAACGCUCGCCGGGGCUGGUACCAGGAAGCGCUGGGGGGAGAGGAGCGGAGUUGAGACUGAAGCCAGGAUGGUGGCGUCCUCGUCCUCGCUGAAGCUUCAGGAUCUAAUCCAGGAGAUUCGUGAGGCCAAGACCCAGGCCCAGGAGCGGGAGGUGAUCCAAAAGGAGUGCGCCCACAUCCGGGCCUCCUUCCGCGAUGGGGACCCUCUGCACAGGCACCGCCAGCUGGCCAAACUGCUCUACGUCCACAUGUUAGGCUACCCCGCCCACUUUGGACAGAUGGAGUGCCUGAAACUGAUCGCCUCCCCCAGGUUCACAGACAAGAGGGUGGGCUACCUGGGGGCCAUGCUUCUACUGGAUGAGAGGCAAGAUGCCCACCUGCUCAUUACCAACAGCAUCAAGAAUGACCUGAGCCAAGGGAUUCAGGCUGUACAAGGCCUGGCCCUGUGCACUCUGAGUGCCACGGGCUCUGCUGAGAUGUGCCGGGACUUGGCCACUGAGGUGGAGAAACUACUCCUGCAGCCUAGCGCCUAUGUGCGCAAGAAGGCUGUUCUGACUGCAGUGCACAUGAUCCGGAAGGUCCCUGAGCUCUCCAACAUCUUCCUCCCACCCUGUGCCCAACUGCUUCAUGAACACCACCACGGCGUCCUGCUGGGCACCAUCACGCUGAUCACGGAACUCUGCGAAAGAAGCCCUGCGGCCCUCAAGCACUUUCGAAAGAUGGUGCCCCAGCUGGUGCACAUCCUCCGGACUCUGGUGACGACGGGAUACUCCACAGAACACAGCAUAUCUGGAGUCAGCGACCCCUUCCUGCAGGUCCAGAUACUUCGUCUGCUUCGGAUUCUGGGCCGGAACCACGAGGAGAGCAGUGAGACCAUGAAUGACUUGCUGGCCCAGGUAGCCACGAACACAGACACCAGCCGAAAUGCGGGCAACGCGGUCCUGUUUGAGACGGUGCUCACCAUCAUGGACAUCCGCUCUGCAGCGGGCCUGCGGGUUCUAGCUGUCAACAUUCUUGGCCGCUUCCUGCUCAACAGUGACAGGAACAUUAGGUACGUAGCCCUGACGUCCUUGCUGAGGCUGGUGCAGUCUGAUCACAGCGCUGUGCAGCGGCACCGGCCCACCGUGGUGGAAUGUCUGCGGGAACCUGAUGGCUCCCUCAGCCGGCGGGCCCUGGAACUGAGCCUGGCUCUGGUGAAUAGCUCCAACGUGCGAGCCAUGACACAGGAGCUGCAGGGUUUUCUGGAGUCCUGCCCCCCUGAUCUACAGGCCGACUGUGCCUCAGGCAUCCUGCUGGCAGCAGAGAGGUUUGCCCCAACCAAGCGGUGGCACAUAGACACCACCCUACGUGUGCUGAUGACGGCAGGCACCCAUGUGCGUGAUGACGCAGUGGCCAACCUGACCCAGCUGAUUGGGGGUGCCCAGGAGCUCCAUGCCUACUCUGUGCGCCGUCUCUACAGCGCCCUGGCUGAGGACAUCUCCCAGCAACCGCUGGUGCAGGUGGCAGCCUGGUGCAUCGGGGAAUAUGGGGACCUCCUGCUGGAAGGGAGCUGUGAGGAAACUGAGCCCCUGCAGGUGGAGGAAGAGGAGGUGUUGGCACUGCUGGAAAGGGUGCUGCAGUCCCAUAUGUCCCUGCCGGCCACCCGAGGAUAUGCCCUCACAGCCCUCAUGAAGCUCAGCACCCGGCUCCAUGGGGACAACAACCGCAUCCGCCAGGUUGUGUCCGUCUACGGGAGCUGCCUGGACGUGGAGUUGCAGCAGCGGGCGGUGGAGUAUAACACCCUCUUCCGAAAGUACGACCACAUGAGGGCUGCCAUCCUGGAAAAGAUACCUCUUGUGGAGCGAGGUGGCUCUCAGGCUGCUGAGGAAGCAAAGGAAAGCAAAGAAACAGCCCAGCUUUCGGAAGCAGCCCCUGUCCCCACAGAACCCCAGGCCUCAAAGCUCUUGGAUCUGUUAGAUCUCCUGGAUGGCCCUUCUGGGGAUGUGCAGCACCCUCCCCCUCUGGAUCCCACCCCAGGAGGCGCUUUGAUACACCUCCUCGACCUUCCCUGUGCUCCCCCACCCCCUGCUCCCAUCCCAAAUCUCAAAGUGUUUGAGCGCGAAGGACUACAGCUGAAUCUUUCUUUCGUUCGACCCCCUGGAACCCCUACUUUGCUGUUAAUCACUGUCACUGCCACCAACACCUCAGGGGGUGAUGUCACCCACUUCAUCUGCCAGGCCGCUGUGCCCAAGAGUUUCCAGCUGCAGCUACAGGCUCCCAGUGGGGACACAGUUCCAGCUCAGGGUGGCCUUCCGACGACCCAGCUCCUCAGAAUCCUCAAUCCUAAGAAGGCCCCCUUGCGGCUGAAGCUGCGCCUCACCUACAACCACUUUGGCCAGUCGGUGCAGGAAAUCUUUGAGGUGAACAACUUGCCUGUGGAGACCUGGCAGUAACUCGGCCUCCACUUACAGCCUGAAAUCCUGCUGGGUCUCCAAACCCAGGGGCCCCAGCUACUUGGAGCCCAUAUCUGAGAACAACCAGCAGGUGGCACUCUGGUCCUGUACUUGCCACUGCAGAAACUGGGGUGGGGGGGCUGCCCCCAACCCCACAAGUAGUGAAAGCCCAAUAAAGCCUGAGGGGGGAAGCCAUA